GGCUCGAGGGAACAUGUGGCACAGUUGCUCCACUGGCAUGAAAUAUGCACCUUCCCUCCUUUAGGAACUGUGUUGACAGAAGCGUGGAUGAAGUUCUGGUGGAUUUCCUCAGCCUGGAGAUGUUUGGCAGUGGCAGCAAGAAGUGGUUUGUGGAGAAGCAGAAGAGGCAGAAGCUGAAGUCAGGCAGGAGGUCGUGCACCAGAAAGAAGAAGAGAUGGGCGGCUAAGAUCCUCAAACUGCACAGACAGAAGAUCCUGAGUGAGCUGGACGUCAACACUGUGCUCCCCUACUUGGUGUACGAUAAGGUUUUCUCACUCGGAGAGUACAAGGAAAUACUAGGACAUGAGUCCAAUAAAAAAAGGACAGAAAUAUUCCUGGAUCAUCUGUCCUCAAAAGGGCCUUCUGCAUUCUUCUCAUUCUGCUCUGUUUUGGAGGAAGUGUGUCCCCACCUGCUCACCUGCUUCCUGCUGGAUGGAGAAGAUGGUGUUUCCGCAUGGGGGAGGAAAGGGGGCCUCACUGUGCCCCCAAACAGUCCUGGAGAGCAGCCACCUAUGUACACAGACCCUGUGUAUGACUCCAGGAUACACCCCAGCCCAACUGCUGGAUCCGUCACAGCAGCCUCUUCAGUGAGCACCGGUCAGGGCAAGCCAUCACUCCGCCGCAUCAAGGGCCGCAUUCACCGGAGCAAGAGCCUGGACAGCAUUGACCUCCUGGACUCCAAUAGUGCAGCAAUGGAGGAGACUGUCAUUUGGGAACAGCACACAGUUACACUACACAGGGCACCAGGGUUUGGCUUCGGGAUAGCCAUAUCUGGAGGUCGGGAUAACCCUCAUUUUCAGAGUGGUGAGACAUCCAUUGUCAUUUCAGAUGUGCUGAAAGGAGGUCCAGCAGAAGGCCUACUGCAAGAAAAUGACAGAGUCGUUAUGGUCAAUGCUGUCUCCAUGGACAAUGUGGAGCAUGCGUAUGCUGUCCAGCAGCUUCGUAAAAGUGGGAAAAUUGCCAAAAUUACAAUCAGGCGAAAGAGGAAGGUGCAUGUCCCCAUGGGCCGCCUUGGGGAGAGGGAAACUAUGUCGGAGCAUGACGAGGAGGAGGACAGCUAUGAUGAAGAGAUAUACGAGACCCGGAGUGGACGCAGUGGUGCUUACAGUGGUAUGGGUGGGGCCAUGGGCAGGCGCAGCGGCCGAAGCAGCGGGCGAAGGGACAGGGAACGUGAGCGCAGUGUCUCACGGGAGCGGAGUCUUUCCCCAAGGACAGACCACCGCUCACACAACCUGCCCCCACGUCCUGCCAAGGUCACACUUGUCAAAUCCCGCAAAAAUGAAGCAGAAUAUGGCCUGCGCCUGGCCAGCCAUAUCUUUGUCAAGGACAUUUCCCCUGAGAGUCUGGCUGCCAGGGAUGGCAACAUCCAGGAAGGGGAUGUUGUACUGAAGAUUAAUGGCACAGUGACAGAGAACCUCUCCUUGAUAGACGCCAAGAAGCUGAUAGAAAGGUCAAAGGGCAAGCUAAAAAUGGUUGUACAGAGGGACGACAGGGCUACACUGCUGAACAUCCCUGACCUGGAAGACAGCAUUCCUUCAGCCAACGCCUCUGACAGAGAUGACAUUUCAGAUAUCCAUUCUCUGGCAUCCGAUCAUUCCAAUCGAUCACAUGACAGACAUCGUAGCAGCCGGUCCCGCUCUCCAGACAGAAGAUCUGAACCAUCGGAUCACUCCAGACACUCGCCUCCACAAAUCAGCAAUGGCAGUCACAGAAGCCGUGAUGAUGAAAGGCUCUCAAAGGCGGCAUCAACACCAGCAAAGCUAUCAGAGGAUAUUCCUAUACCCAAACCGAAGGAGUCAGCCAUUACCAGAGAGGAGAAACCGCUGCCACCACUCCCAGAGCCCAAACCAGUGUAUGCUCAGCCUGGACAGCCAGAUGUGGACCUGCCUGUCAGUCCCUCUGAUGCCCCUGUGCCAAGCGCUGCCCAUGAUGAUAGCAUCUUACGGCCAAGCAUGAAGCUGGUGAAGUUCAAGAAGGGUGAGAGUGUGGGGCUGCGCCUGGCCGGAGGGAAUGAUGUUGGCAUCUUUGUAGCUGGAGUGCUGGAGGAUAGCCCAGCUGCUAAGGAGGGCCUGGAGGAGGGCGACCAAAUUCUCAGGGUAAACAAUGUAGAUUUUGCAAACAUAAUCCGAGAGGAGGCGGUGCUGUUCCUCCUGGACCUUCCUAAGGGUGAAGAGGUCACUAUUCUGGCCCAGAAGAAGAAAGAUGUGUAUCGGCGGAUUGUGGAGUCUGAUGUUGGUGAUUCCUUUUACAUCCGGACACACUUUGAGUAUGAAAAAGAAUCUCCAUAUGGGUUAAGCUUCAACAAGGGCGAGGUGUUCCGUGUGGUCGACACGCUCUACAACGGCAAGCUUGGCUCCUGGCUUGCUAUUCGCAUUGGCAAGAAUCACCAAGAGGUUGAAAGAGGCAUUAUUCCCAACAAGAACAGAGCGGAGCAGCUCUCCAGCGUGCAAUACACUCUGCCCAAAACAGCAGGUGGUGACAGAGCUGACUUCUGGAGAUUCCGUGGUCUUCGCAGCUCAAAGAGGAACCUGAGGAAGAGCAGAGAGGACCUCUCCUCCCAACCAGUCCAAACAAAGUUCCCAGCAUAUGAAAGAGUCGUACUUCGAGAGGCUGGUUUCUUGAGACCAAUAGUAAUUUUUGGGCCCAUUGCUGAUGUUGCUCGAGAGAAACUCGCUAGAGAAGAGCCAGAUCUUUUUGAGCUUGCAAAGAGUGAGCCAAGAGAUGCAGGAACAGACCAGCGUAGUUCAGGAAUCAUUCGUCUUCACACCAUCAAGCAGAUUAUUGACAGAGACAAGCAUGCUGUGCUGGACAUCACCCCAAACGCUGUGGACAGGCUGAACUAUGCUCAGUGGUAUCCAAUUGUGGUCUUCCUAAAUCCUGAUACUAAGCAGGGUGUGAAGAACAUGAGGACCAGACUGUGUCCUGAGUCCAGGAAGAGCGCCAGGAAGCUCUAUGAGAGGGCCAUCAAACUGAGGAAGAAUAAUCACCACCUGUUCACAACCACCAUUAACUUAAACAAUAUGAAUGAUGGCUGGUACGGAGCUCUGAAAGAAACAACCCAGCAACAGCAAAACCAGCUGGUAUGGGUUUCAGAGGGGAAGGCGGAUGGUACUGCUGAGGAUGACUUGGACAUCCAUGAUGACCGUUUGUCCUACCUGUCAGCACCAGGUAGCGAAUACUCCAUGUAUAGUACUGACAGCCGCCACACGUCUGACUAUGAGGACACAGACACGGAGGGGGGAGCGUACACAGACCAGGAGCUUGAUGAGACUCUGAAUGACGAGGUGGGUCUGCCCACGGAGCCUGCCAUCACCCGUUCAUCAGAGCCUGUGAGAGAGGACCCACCUGUAAUUCAGGACACACCGGUUUACCCUGGAUACCAGCACCCUGUGCAGCCGGAACCAUCCAGCCGCAUAGACCCUGCUGGGUUUAAGAUGGCCACGCCACAGCAGCAAGAUGAGGCUGCUCUACCCUUGCCCUCGUUGCCUCCAGCGGCGGUAAUGCCCUCUGCCGUUGAGCAGCCUGUGCAGCUAGAGGAGCCGACUGCUGCAGCCGCAGCUCCUCAGGCUGACUCACUUAACAGCCCCAGCCCUGCCCCUGAGCUUAUUCAGCCCCCACCACCACCACCAUCACACGAAUCCUUCCCAUCUGGACCGUCUGGUCCAGAACCAAAGAUGUACAAGAAAGAGCUGUACAAUAUGGAGGACCCUGUCCGGAUUAACCACAGUCUGAAACCGUCGAUGAGCUACAGUCACCUACAGCCGCCGUACCAGGACAAACAGCCAUACCGUGAAUAUGACCACCCGCCUUAUGGAUACGAUGGAGGCGGCUACACAGAACCAAAGCCUCACAACACUGACUCUCAUCUGCACUACGACAACCGUGUGCCUCAUUACAACGAACAGUGGACGCCCUAUGACCAGCAAACCUCGCCCUCCCAGCCCACAGGGUACCAGAUGGGCCACCAGCAACCUAUGGGCUACAACCCCCAGUCCCCCUAUGAGGAUGGACCAGGGCGGGACUACAGCCCUCCUCAGCCACGUUAUGAUGAGGGCUUACCAGUGGGAUAUGAUGGCAGACCACGCCAUAGUAAACCUGGGCCCAUUCGUUAUGAUGAACCCCCUCCUCCACCCCCAGCAAGCUACGAUGCCCGCUCUCCUUAUGAUUCAGAACCUCAUGGCUUCCCCAUCAAUUCACCGCGUUCACCAGAGCCUCCAAAACAAUAUUACGGUGAUUCUGGUCUGAGGCCCACUUAUAUUCCAGGGCCUCCAAACCGUGGCUAUAAGCCAGGUGUACAUGAGCCUAUAAUAAACUCUGAACCCACCGCCCCCCCUCCUAAAGCAGAGGCCCUGCCCUCUCCAGGUGAGCCAGCGAUCACUCCAGGCUCCAAACCUCUCCCACCUCUGCCAAGGGAAGACCUGGAUGAGGAUCCGGCCAUGAAACCACAGUCGGUGCUCAACAGAGUCAAGAUGUUUGAGAAUAAACGGUCUGUUUCUAUGGACAGGGCGAAAGAGGGAGGAGAGUUGUCAGCACCCAGGCCUGCAGAUGUUCCUAAACCUGUGAGUGCACCUGGUCCAGUCCUCAAAGCCAAUUCCCUAAGCAACCUGGAGCAGGAGAAGUCCACCUAUAGGGCUCCCGAGCCACAGAAGCCCCACACUAAACCGCUGGAUGAUAUAAUGCGCUCCAACCACUAUGACCCAGAUGAAGAUGAGGAGUACUACAGAAAGCAGUUGUCCUACUUUGAUCGCAGAAGUUUUGACAGCAAAGCCAUGGGCCAGCCUCCUCCUGGCAUGAACCGCUUCCAUGAUCUGACCAAACCAGCUCAACUGUCCUACCCGUACAACAGAGUUGAGUCUGUUGAGAAAGUGAGUCCAGUGGAGAAAAGAUAUGAACCCCUGCCCCAGAUCAGCCCCUCCUCUCAGUAUGGACCCUCCGCCUCCUCCGUCCCUCCUAACACACUGCCUAAACUCAGCCCCAGUGAUGCUAACUCCAUACCUGAACCACUGAGCUCACCCAAUCCUAAACUUGAGAUGGCAGCCCUCAGGCCUGCCAGUCGGGAUGAACCAACACCCGGCAGCUACCUGCCCCAGAGGGGCCCCCUCGACAAAUCACCGGUCAACGGCACCGAUGCAGCGCCCCCAAAGAUGCUUGGUACUCCAGCUCCAACUAGCUAUAACCGCUACGUCCCCAAGCCUUACACCAGCUCAGCUCGGCCCUUUGAGCGCAAGUUUGAGAGCCCCAAGUUCAACCACAACCUGCUGCCCAACGACACACAGGUGAAGACCGACCUCCUCACCAUGCCCGGUGUGGUGAGUAGCACCAGUGGGAAGCCUCAGUUGUCUCCACAGCCCCUCGAUCACGACAGUGGCCUGGACACCUUCACACGCACUAUGGACAACAGGCCCAAAUACCAGCACAAUAACAUCAAUGCCAUCCCUAAGGCCAUUCCUGUCAGCCCCACUGCACUGGAUGACGAUGAUGAAGACGAAGGGCACACGGUGGUGGCCACAGCCCGUGGCAUCUUCAACUGUAACGGAGGGGUUCUGAGCUCCAUAGAGACGGGCGUCAGCAUCAUCAUCCCCCAGGGUGCCAUCCCCGAGAAUGUGGAGCAGGAGAUUUACUUCAAGGUGUGCCGGGACAACAGCAUCCUGCCCCCCCUCGACAAGGAGAAAGGAGAGACACUGCUCAGUCCACUGGUGAUGUGUGGCCCUCAUGGACUCAAGUUCCUGAAGCCGGUGGAGCUGCGUUUACCUCACUGUGCGUCCAUGACUCCUGAUGGUUGGUCUUUUGCUCUAAAAUCCUCCGACUCUUCGUCGGGUGAUCCAAAAACCUGGCAAAACAAGUCUCUCCCUGGAGACCCUAACUACCUGGUGGGUGCAAACUGUGUAUCUGUGCUCAUUGACCACUUCUGAAGAGGGCAACAGCUGGCCUGUUACUGAAUGUGAUAAACUUAGGGACGUCAGCCCCCCCAAACGACAAACCCCCCUCCCCCCGCUGUGCUCCCUGCAGCGAGUCGGGCCGCACAAUGCCUGAUGAAGAAUGAACUCGAUACUCUCAUGUUGUUUACUGUGCCCAAAAUUUAAAAAAAAAAAAAAAAAAGAGGAGAGAAACAAACACAUACGAAGAGAGUGUCCAGUCAUCUCCAAGGCUGUACUCUUUUUCUUCUUUUUUUCUUUCUUUCUUUUUGGUGCUUUCAAGGCUUGCAAAAAAUGAAGAAUAAAAGAAGUUAUUUAAAACAAAGGAACUGAAGUUGGAAUGCAUGACCAGUGCAUAGACUGAAUAAUCUCGUUUUGACAUUUUUAGCUAAUUUUGUAAAAGGGUCGGAGCAGUGCAAGAAAAAAAAAAAGGAGAAUUUUGAAAACGUAUUUAAUAUUGCAAUAGGAUUUUUUGCGUAUUAAAAGAGAAAAAAAAAAACACACUCACAAACAGCAAAGUUGGUAUAUGCAAAACUUUUGUUUGUGAGUUUCGUGGUCAUGCGUUUCACUGAUGAAGGAUCUCUGAAGACCUGAGAAAUGCUGACUCAUGACGAGAAGAAGUAGGCACCAUGAACAUUUAAAAAAAAAAAAGAGAAAAUAACAGGUGAAGGUUAAGUAUUAGCAUCAGAUGCCCGUUUGUUCUGACAGGGCUCUCUGUUUAAAACUGAUGUUUUGUAGCAACGUUUUACCGUAGAUAAAUAUACUGACUUGAUUUUACAAACUCCUGCUGUCUAGAGAUCUAUGCAUGUGCUAUGACUCAGGUCCAGAAACCUGUUACUACUAAUUUCAACACAUGAAAAUCCCAUCGUACACUGCAAGCAGUGAUGCCUUAUCUGCAUAUUAACUUUUCAGUGAAACAUUAAAAACAUCGGAUCCUUCAGUUACAGUGAUCACUACAGAAGACACAGUUCUCUGCAUUUUCACAUAACCAGUGAACUUGGAUUUAGCACACGAGAAUAAUUGAGGCUGAUGAAAAGGUAUGCUUUCUUUUACUGCUAUGCAUAUGAAGUCUGAGGAAAUACAAAAAGCUAGAAGAUGUUUAAAUUGUGGCUGUACAUAUUGCUAGCAUAUGGCCUUGGUUCUCUGUAAAUGAACUUUUGUACAUCUUUGUUAUUUUGUAUAAAAGAGAAAAAGUUUGUUUAAAAAGACAAAGCGGUUACAUUGGUUAUGUUUAUAUUCUGGUUAAACCCCUGAGCCUUGGAACUGACAUAAGCAGUAAUAAGUCCGACUUUUCUACCAACAUAUAAACACACUACUUAAGGCAUUUUUAACAGUCAGAAAAGUUUUUAUUCUUAUUUACAAAAUAGAGAAGUGCUUGGUUUAAAUGAUUUUAAAAGAUGUACUUGAGGGGGUCUGCUGUGAAGAGUGGUCCCUUCCUUUAUUUGUGAUACUGGAUGCUGUAUUGUGUGCCCUGAAAUGUAUUUUUAUACUAAUAGACAAUUUAUUAUGGCACAUCAGUACUAUUUUCUUUUGAUAUAAUAACACUGCUUCAACCCAACACUACUUUAUUUUCCUUUAGUGGCUGACAUUCUUUUUAUUUAUUUUGAUUUGUCUUCAGUUCGACUUUUUUGUUUUCUUUUGCGACACAUUUCUAAAUAUACCACUGUAUUAAUAAAUAAAUUCAUUUUUAAAGUAA